AUGGCGGUGGCGAACAGGGAGACCCAGCGACUCCAGCGCAGACUUGAGAAGAGACAAGAGAAAGAUCUCUCUGAGAAAUCGCCUGUUUUGGUGAAAUCCGUCUCGCGCUACAAUUCUAUGGGAACAUUGAAGGAAAAGAGAAGUCCAGAACAUCACAACUGCAUAGCUGAGUCGUGCUCGGCACGCGAAUAUGAGGAAGCAACACCUCGACCACAUCUGUUCGCACGGGAGGUGCCAGAGGUACCAUAUGUGCAGACGUUCAACAACAAUCGCCGGUCAUCGACUCCGAUUGAUCCGUGUGAUGAAUACAAGAAGGCGAAAUGGGUUCUGGCUCUGUUCCUCAUGUCGACUAUCCUCUUCAGUCAAAUUGCUGUCCUCUCUGGAUUCGAAUCCGUCUCGUCGUCAGUGCUCUUAUCACUAUUUUUUGUGAUCGUUUUUAUCUCGAUAGUUCUUGGAUUGCGGCUGACUACGAAUGACUACCUGCACAGGAGGCAAGUGUCGGUUCCGAUGUUCCCCUACUUCUCAUAUCUCACGUUGUUUGUACUGAUCUUCGCCUUGGCGUCAACGAAAUUCUUCGCCUUAGCGCUCUAUGCUAUUUGGCUGUUGACUGGUUUGGUGCUGUACUUCUUCUACGGAUACUGGAACAGUACUGAGCGGCAUAACAACGUUAGCAACGACUGCCCCAACGACGAGGACAGCGAAAUGUAUCGGGCGAUCAUCGGAAAUGAUUACGCAAUUCAAUACGAGUAG